AGGACGUGUCCCUGUCGCGCGCGGGCCGGAAGCGGAGCGCGGGGGGAGCAGCCGCCAUGGAGGAGGCCGCGGCGCACAACGGCACCGGGCCCGGCGCCCCCGCGCCCGCCCGCCCGCCCGCCACCCCCGAGGGCAUGGCGCUGGCCUACGGCAGUCUCGUCCUCAUGGCGCUGCUGCCCAUCUUCUUCGGGGCGCUGCGCUCCGUCAGCUGCGCUAAGAGCAAGAACUCCUCGGACAUGCCGGAGACCAUCACCAGCCGAGAUGCUGCUCGUUUUCCCAUCGUGGCCAGUUGUACCCUGUUGGGGCUCUACCUCUUCUUUAAAAUAUUCUCGCAAGAGUACAUCAAUCUCCUGCUUUCCAUGUAUUUCUUUGUGCUGGGGAUCCUGGCCCUGUCCCACACCAUCAGCCCCAUGAUGAACAGAUUCUUCCCCGCAAAUUUCCCCAACAAACAGUACCAGCUGCUCUUCACCCAGGGCUCUGGGGACAGCAAGGAGGAAAUAGUAAAUUACGAGUUUGACACCAAGGAUCUCGUGUGCCUGGCCCUGAGCAGCAUUGUGGGCGUCUGGUACCUGCUGAGGAAGCACUGGAUCGCCAACAACCUCUUCGGGUUAGCGUUCUCUCUCAACGGGGUGGAGCUGCUGCACUUGAACAACGUCAGCACUGGCUGCAUCUUGCUUGGAGGCCUCUUCAUCUACGAUGUCUUCUGGGUCUUUGGGACCAACGUGAUGGUGACAGUUGCCAAAUCAUUCGAGGCCCCGAUCAAACUGGUUUUCCCUCAGGACCUGCUGGAGAAGGGACUGGAUGCUGACAACUUUGCCAUGCUGGGUUUGGGAGACAUUGUCAUUCCAGGGAUCUUCAUUGCCUUGCUGCUGCGGUUUGACAUCAGCCUGAAGAAGAACACGCACACGUAUUUCUACACCAGCUUUGUGGCCUACAUCUUCGGGCUGGGCCUGACCAUAUUCAUCAUGCACAUCUUCAAGCACGCCCAGCCUGCCCUGCUGUACCUGGUCCCCGCAUGCAUCGGAUUCCCGCUUCUUGUGGCCUUGGCAAAGGGAGAAGUAACUGAAAUGUUCAGGGCCUGUGGGUGGGGGAGAACGGAGCCGGAUCCGGCUGCCGAAGCAGCCAGGGCUGGUUCCAGCACAUCCCGGCCUCCCAGCGCGGGUGAAGAAUCCUGGUUUGCAGCAGUCGUCCUGCCCAGGGGAUGGCAGGUGUGUAGAAAGGGGCUGUGUGGUGCCGUUGCUCUGCAGCUCCUCUCUGCCUGCCACACACCAGGUGUUUGCCUGUUUGCUGUCAGCAGGCAGCUCUGGUCUCCUGCCCGGACUGUCCCCUCUGAGCUGCGCAGAGCCCGGCCGGGCACUCCGGGAGCUGUUUGUGCACUGUGCUCGAUGCUCGGUGGUGGUGGCCCAGUUUGAGGAUGGCUGAAGCAGCGGAGGGAAGGGAACACCCAUCCCAAAGCAGGGUUGUGAACCCCCCCCCCCCAGCCUCCCCAUUCUGGGGUGCUCCUGCCCAAACCCCCAGCCUGCUCAAAGGGAAACCAGCACCCAUCUGGGGCGCAGCGGGGAGCCUCAGUUCCCUCCACUCCCCUGGGAGACGCGGGUCUGCAUGUUCCCACCCGGCUCUUGGCUGGGCUGGCUCCCCAGCCCCCCUGCACCUGCCCAGCCUUUGAUGUUUGCUGCUGCAGGCGCUGCCUGUCCUGGGAUCGGCUUUCCUGUGCACCUGGGAUCCCGCAGCCGCUCUCCCCGGUGCUGUGACUCACCAGCUGACAGUGCCGGCACCUCCUGUGCCAGGAAACCGGGGAGAGAUGAGCUGUCAGUCCGGCCCUGCUUGCAGCAGGGUGCCUGGCAGCCAGGCACUGGGGGCUAAUGCCCCCACAGAGCAUCAGCACAAGCUGCUCUGGCAGCAAAGUGCUGCCCGCUGCUGCUCUCUGAGUGCUUCCAGGGUGAGCGCAGCAGCCUGGGGGCUUGCAGCUUUGGACCCCGGGCU